GGGAACUCGAGUUGCGCUUUUGCACUGCCGUCUUUUUCGCGUCCACAACUUUUUUCCCCACUACCGGCGUCCUCUUCCUCCUCCGUCCGCUUCGUUUUCUCCCGACGCCGGCAUCAUGAAGGUCGCCAGUGGCAGCGCCGCGGCCGCCGCGGGCCCCAGCUGCGCGCUGAAGGCCGGCAAGGCGGCGGGCGGCGCGGGCGAGGUGGUGCGCUGCUUGUCCGAGCAGAGCGUGGCCAUCUCGCGCUGCGCGGGCGGCCCCGGGGCGCGCCUGCCGGCCCUGCUGGAGGAGCAGCCGGUGAACGUGCUACUCUACGACAUGAACGGCUGCUACUCGCGCCUCAAGGAGCUGGUGCCCACCCUGCCCCAGAACCGCAAGGUGAGCAGGGUGGAGAUCCUCCAGCACGUCAUCGACUACAUCUGGGAUCUGGAGUUGGAGCUCAACUCGGAAUCCCACGUCGGGACCCCCGGGGGCCGGGGGCUCCCCGCCCGGGCUCCGCUCAGCACUCUCAACGGCGAAAUCGGCGCCCUGGCGGCAGAGGCGGCGUGUGUUCCAGCGGACGAUCGUAUCUUGUGUCGCUGAAGCGCCGCCCUUGGGAGCCGGCAGACCCCAGCCCUCCAGGGGGCGAGAGGAAUAAGUGCUCUCUGGUCCAUCCAGGCGCCUCGCCGGAGCUGGAGAGGAACAAGACCGAUCGGCGGCCACCGGGGCGCUUGCAGGAUCCAGCCCGGGUCUGGGGGACUGACAGGGCAGGCUGACCCUCCCUCCUCACCCACCAGCCACCAGAGACUUGGGGGAGUCCCCCCUCGUGUGUUUCUAUUUUUUGAAAAGCGGACAUUUAAAAAAUGGUCACGUUUGGUGCUUCUCAGAUUUCUGAGGAAAUUAAUUGCUUUGUAUUGUAUAUUACAAUGAUCACCGACUGAGAAUAUUGUUUUACAAUAGUUCUGUGGGGUGUUGUUUUCUUUUUUGGUUGUUGUUAUUAAACAAAUACUUUAGACGGUGA